GCAGCACUUUUUUUUUUUUUUAAACAUUUAGGAGAAGAGAAACCUGUCCAUCAUCUUAAACUACUGACUGCAUCCACCAGUGAUAUGGCAAAACAUAGUACUCCAGAGUUGGACCUGUCUAAUCCAGAGUCAAUCUCAAACUCAGGAAGAACUAAUAAAAAGGGGCAAACUAAAGAAAGAGGGCAAUGGUCGAGUAAAACAGAAUUUCUCCUGGCGGUUGCUGGACAAAUCAUCGGCCUAGGAAAUGUGUGGAGGUUUCCUUACUUGUGCUACAAGAAUGGAGGUGGAGUGUUUUUAAUACCAUAUUUGGUAUUCCUGUUUGCCUGUGGAAUUCCACUGUUCCUCCUGGAGAUAUCAAUAGGUCAGUACACAAGUCAAGGUAGCAUCACCUGCUGGAGAAAUAUCUGCCCUUUGUUUCAAGGCCUAGGCUAUGGAACCACAGUGGUCCUGUUGUACUGCGUUAUCUACUACAUUAUCAUCAUGGCCUGGGCAUUCUUCUAUCUUUUUUCUUCUUUUAGCUCUGAGCUACCAUGGGCUAGCUGCAACAAUGCCUGGAACACUGAAACCUGUGUUGAAUUUGAUAAACAAAUAUUAAGCAACUGGAGUAUACCAGAAAAUGCAACUUCACCUGCUGAAGAAUUCUGGGAGAGGAGAGUGUUAAAUCUAACAAGAAGUAUGGGUGAUCUGGGCAAUGUGAGAUGGGAGCUGGCUCUGUGUCUCCUUUUAGCUUGGAUCAUCUGCUACUUCUGUGUGUGGAAGGGAGUAAAAUCUACAGGCAAAGUGGUCUAUUUUACUGCUACUUUUCCUUAUGUGAUGUUGAUGGUGCUGUUGGUACGUGGGGUCACAUUACCUGGAGCUGUUGAUGGCAUCAGAUUUUACCUGUACCCAGAUCCUACACGUCUCACCGAUCCACAGGUGUGGAUGGAUGCUGGAACACAGAUUUUUUUCUCUUAUGCUCUCUGUAUGGGCUGCCUUGCUGCUCUAGGAAGCUACAACAAAUACAAAAACAACUGCUACAAGGACUGUAUUUAUCUCUGCCUGUUGAACAGCACCACCAGUUUUGUUGCUGGCUUUGCCAUCUUCUCUGUGCUGGGCUUCAUGGCUUAUGAGCAGGACACAGACAUCUCAACAGUGGCAGAGUCAGGUCCAGGGCUGGCUUUUAUUGCAUACCCCAGGGCAGUUGCAAUGAUGCCUUUUCCACAACUAUGGGCCUUUUGUUUUUUUCUUAUGGUAGUUCUGUUAGGCUUGGACACUGAGUUUGUGGGAUUGGAGACAUUAAUGACAGCUAUAACUGAUCUCUACCCUUCCUAUUUACUCCGUGGUUAUCGGCGUGAAUUUUCUUUGCUCUUCAUUUGUUUUGGGAGUUUUCUCAUUGGACUGGUUAUGGUAACAGAGGGCGGCUUGUAUAUUUUCCAGUUGUUUGAUUACUAUUGCUGCAGUGGGAUGACACUUCUGUUAUUCGCCAUUCUGCAGUCAGUGUGUAUAGGGUGGGUGUAUGGGGCCAAUCAUCUAUAUGAAAAUAUUGAGGACAUGAUAGGCUAUCGACCACUGUUUUUAAUAAAGUACUCUUGGAAAUACAUUAUUCCUCUAGUCUGCACUGGGACAUUUAUCUUCUCUCUGGUUAAAUUCACUCCUCUGAAGUUUAACAAUAUAAUUGAAUAUCCCUGGUGGGGCUACGCUGUUGGCUGGUACUUCACACUUUCUUCAACAUUAUUGGUUCCUCUUUGGAUGAUUUAUGCUCUUCUCACUUCCAGUGGCUCAUUGAGACAGCGACUACAUGUUCUCUGCACACCUCUGACCUCAAGCAACGGGACAAAUGGUUCAACUUUUACUGGCUUUACAGCUUUACCACAAAAGCCAGAACAUCCUUGAAGCCAAACCAUGAUGAUCAUGAUGAUUUGUGGUACUUGUUUAUUGUAGGGUGGUAGUCUAUUUAACUCAUUGUGCAUCAGCUCUCGAAUUAUAAUUUUACAUGCUCCAUGUAUUAAGCAGUUUUAUUAAAAAUG